AUGACCUCCGGCUCACUCUCAUCCAGCGAUACCCACGAAACCAACCUUCCAUUCCCAUCCUCGAGCGGCCAUGAGGAACAUCACACGCUGCCCGACCCAAGCAGCAAACCGGUUGCUCUCCGCUCUGCACUCAAACUAUCCUCAACCUCCGCUCCGCCAGGCCCCCAGAACCCCCACAUGCCCCCUUCGAAACACUCCGAGGAGCCACAAGACGGAUUGCGCAGUGCUUCAAGUCCCAGUCUUCCGAGUUCCGCCGUCGCCCCGUCAACAUCUUCGCCGUUGACCCCUGGGGGCUAUCCUUCCCGGCCCAGUCUCUCUCGCGCUCGUUCCUCUGGAGAACUCCUCCCACCCGGCUAUGAGCGGCGGGUUGGCUUCUCAACGAUGGAAACCGAAGAACCGACCAACGGUGGCGGGACUGGUGCCGAAUACAGCUUCACCCUCCAAGCAAAGAGCUCAAACUACAAGCCCCGUCGGGACUCGAGAUGUUUCUUGGUGGCCACAGAUGGCGAAUCUUACUCGAUUCAAGCACUUGACUGGCUGAUGUCAUCCUUGGUAGAGCAUGGCGAUGAGGUUGUUGUACUUCAAGCCGUAGAACCGGGGGGCUCGGCUCACAAGGAUGUCGAAAAGGAGGAACAUGCCAAAACAGAAGCCCAGGAAGUCCUUCGACACGUAUUGACUAAAAACGACCGUCAGAUUACUGUCACCGUCGAAUUCGUCAUCGGCCCUGCAAUCAAAACUAUCCAACGAAUGCUGGAGGUUUAUCGGCCAGAUUCGCUGGUCGUCGGAACCCGAGGAAAAAACCCGUCGGCUUGGCAGAAAGCGUUUUCACUCAGCUCUACCAGUCAAUACCUAGUUGCCCGCUCACCCGUGCCUGUGAUUGUAGUCAGACCGGAAAGAAAGGUUCGACAAUCCAGGGAAGCUCGAGCCAAAGAUCCCAAGCGACGAUCCUACCAAACGUUGCUGGGACUGCCUUCCAAGCCUGUCCUCUCUCCCUUGCCGACUCGGUUCGAAUCCGAUCCAGACGCGAACGCAUUAAGGAGAGAACAAACUAACCCAGUCUAG